GAUAUUUAAAUUUAAGUAUGAAUUACAAUAAUUCUGUUUUAGUUGGAAAUUGGAGUGAAGAAAGGCUUAAAAAUGAGUACGAGUUUAAGCUGUUUCUGCGCAAACGAGAUAGGCGUGAACUUUUGCUACAACGUUCAAGAACUUUAUUCAGUAAUUUACUUAAAGAGAGACCACUAGCUAUUAGUGGAACGUUCGUUCUAUAUGGUUUUAAUGUUCAGGUUGUGGCUUCCGAUAUGCCAGUAAAAAACAAUGCUCGAGGUAAGACUGGAUUGGCUUUAUCGAGCCUGGUUAACGAAAGGCAAGUCGACUACAUGCAAAAUAUUAAUGACGGCUGCUUGAUGACAUUGUCGCCAAUCACUACACCCUGUUGUAGAAAUACCUUCGUUGUACUAAGCACUAAAGAUCAGAGUAUCUAUGGCGAGAAAGUGAAUUACGGCGACGAGUUUAUUUUGAAGGCGGAAAAUUACGGUGAUCCACAGGCCUCGCCUUUGUAUGUACGAUACUCAGUAGAGGGUGUGCCGGGCCCUGCAGACAGAAUGCCUAUUAGCUUAAGUACUACAAAAGAUAGCAGUUGCCGUUGGACAACAAUGCCUCUUCUUCCUCGAGACCGCCUUGAAGGUCUUGGUAGUCCCAUAAAGACAGGCGCCAGACUCGUCAUAAAAAAUUGCGUAGCGGAAAAGAGUUUAUGUAUUAUGAAUCAAAAUUGGAUGCAAACCUUUUUCGGGCCCGAAUGUGGAGUGACGUGUCGUAAUUACGUAGAUAUUCACGGAAGGCACACAGCAGAGAAUAUAUUUACUUUAGUCAGCGAUGUAGAGACUAAGACAAAGGAUUAAUGAUAAUAGCACAAAUUUUCUUUAAAGUAUCCAUUACACAA